AUGGAUAGGUUAAUAGAUCUUUCUAAAAUGAAGGAUAAUCUUGGCUUAACUCGACGCAAUACAUGGACGGAAUCCUUGCAUGGAUUGGUUUCAUGUUCUGUUGUUUUAGAUAACUAUUUCUACGGAAAUUAUCCGAAAGAUUAUUUCUAUGGAAGAGAACAAGAAGAAAAAUAUGUGUUUGAUAUCUUGUUAUCAACAACUAGUGAACAGAAUGUUAAAGUGAUUAACAUAGAGGGAAAAAGUGGGGCUGUUAAAGUUAGCUUUAUUGCUAAGAAGAUUCUUGAGGCAGUUACUGAGGAGUUUGUAUCUGGAAAUGAUUUACAUGAGUUAACUAUGAAGUUGAAGGAAAGCUUUCAACGGAAGAAAUUUCUACUCGUGUUGGAUGAUAUCAGGAUUGAACAUGAUGAUGAAUCAGAGAAUUGGAACAUGCUUGUUGAUUCUUUGUUUGAAGCAGCAACAGCAGGGAGUGCCAUAAUAUUCACCUCAAAUCCUGAUGAUUCGCUACUUGUGCCACACGCUAAUCAUACGUUCCAUCUAGAAAUAGUCAACAGAUUAGGAAACCUUCCCUUGGCUGCAAAAAUGAUUGGGAGCCUCUUACAAGAUAAGGUACAUCUCAGUGAAUGGGUUGAUGUAUUGAGGAGCAAAUUAAUUGAUGAAGGUUAUGAGUUCAAGCAGAAAGAGGUGGUCCUCUUGUGGAUGGCACAAGGCUUUCUUCAAAACUCAAACACUAAAUCCAAUCACAAAAGCAUCGAAGACAUUGGUGAUGAGUACUUUGGUUAUCUAGUAAUGAGGUCAUUUUUGCAACCCUUUGGUUCUGGUUUAAGUUUUACAAUGCAUAAUCUGGUUCAUGAUUUGGCAACCUAUGUGUUUGGAGAAUCAUACAAUCACCAUUUGUCAUAUUCCAGAAGCACACAUGCUUUUCCAGAAUCAUUUGUUGAUACAAAAAGAAAACUGUUAAGAACCAUUUUGCCGGUAUGUUUGCCUCUUGAGCGGGCUCCUAGCCAUAUCGACCCAUUUGCAUUGGAGGAAAGUAUUAAGUAUCGGUUGAAUCCACAUAUCUUCCUGACCCUUUCUUUGUCACACUAUGACAUUACUUACUUACCUAAUUCCAUUGGAAGAUUAAGUAAUCUAUGUUACCUUGACCUUUCUCACACUGCAUUGGAGACCCUUCCAGAUUCCAUUUGUGAUCUCUGUAAUUUGCAGACACUUAUGUUGACAAACUGCCGUUCUCUCACUAGUUUUCCUCCAAGAAUAUGCAAUUUGAUAAACUUGCGUUGCCUUGAUAUCAGAGAUAGUGGUGUGCAAGAGAUGCCUUUGGAAAUGGAAAAAGUUACAAGUCUUCGGACAUUGCCUUGA